UCCGCCCGCUGGCGACACCCAGCGCCGGGCGCGGGCGGGGCGGCUGCGGGCCGGGGCGGCUGCGGGCCCGGGCGGCGCGGCGCGGCCGCGGGCGGGGGUAUAUGGCGGCGGGGCUGUCCGCCCUGGCUGCCAGGCUCUCCCAGUCGGCCGCGGCCAGGUCCUACGGCGUGUUCUGCAAGGGGCUGACCAGGACCCUCCUCAUCUUCUUCGACCUGGCCUGGAAGCUCCGCAUCAACUUCCCCUAUCUCUACAUCGUCGCCUCCAUGAUGCUCAACGUGCGGCUGCAGGUCCACAUUGAAAUCCACUGACUCGUGACUUGGUGUGCUGCUUGCGCUGUGUGCUGCAGCUACAACCACACUCCUCUUCAAGCUCGGCCCGUUGUGAAACACCAAAGCCACGCUUGUCUUCUCUAGGACUAUGAAGAAAGAAGAUUUAAACCAGAGACCAGUAUGCGACAGUGGCGCAGGUCAUCACAAGGCAGCGGCUCACCUGAUGCACAUACAUUCCGUGUUGAACGACCCUCAAAAUCGUAGUAGCAGUUUACAAAAAGAAUUAUUUUAUUGUAACACCAGGAGCUGUUCUCUCUUUAAUACUAUACUUCUGCCUGCUGUUGGCAAGGAAAUGCCUCUGAGUUUGAGUGAAUCAGCAGUGGGGAGCUUCAGUGCAACUGCUUCUUGGAAGGAUUCAUUUCAUCUGCGUUUUUCUUCUGGGAAAGACAAUCUUGAUAGGGUUUCUCGCCGCAUUAAUAGCUUUUCAGUAAUGGGCUGGCUGGAGAAAGCUUGCAGUUUUGCUGGAGACUUCAGCUCACAUUGUCCAGGAGACAGCUUCGUAUGUUUUGCACACUUCUGGCUGGGAAACUUGUGGUAUAGCCUGCAGCUUCUGGAAUUAGAAAUGAGCAGCAGCAAAGAGAAUGAGUUGCCGCUGGCAUUUCUUCAAGAGUUGGAGCUCGGUGGACUUCCUGAUCUCUGGUAUAUUCCAGUUGCCUCACUGAAUGAAUAUUCUAUGGGACUCUUAAACAGCCAGAAACUGCGGGGUCGUAUUUGUUACUUAACCCUUGUAUCUUCAGAGCAAACACUUGGAUAUGAGAAAAUGCUUUCGAAUAUACGAUACAUGACUAAUAAUUUUCACAUCAUACAGCUAGUAACUUCUGUGCUAGCUUUUGCACUAGAAGGUCUCUGGUAUGCAAUAGUGAAGGUAAAAGAGUGCUAAGAUUUCAAUAAUUACUGUUUUUAACAUUAAUAGAAACUUAACUAAGUAACAGACAAGGUUAGAGUUCAGGUUUUUGUGAGUAGACAGCUAAAGUAGAAAUUAAACUUGUGUAAUUGCUAGUAAAACUGGCUGUUAGAGCAAUAGGGACUUUUUUUUGGUAAGGAAAAUCUGCAUCUGAGUGGAAAGAACGUAAUCUCAGAACUCUUUGGGACUUCUGCAGGUCUGCCAUUGACACUAGGCUAGAGGUCCAUUUGUUCAGCACAGAUCCUUUGUUUUCUUUAGGGUUUGUAUUAGCUGAGUGCUCUGGCUACUAUUUACAACCAUUUCCAAUGAAACUGUUUCUUGUAGAAUUGAAUUCUUGCCAGGAAUCUAAUAGUAACUAAUUUAUCGGGCCUUAAAACGCUUGGAUCCAGCAUAAUUCUCAGCAGUGUUCCCUUUCAGGGAUGGUGCUGGUCAACUUUAAACAAUAUCUCAUUAGCUUUAUUGCACUACAACAGACACUAUAAACCUUUUUUAUAAAAGAAUGUGUUCUUUCCUUGAAAAAAGUGAUGGUUAUUGCUGAAGCACAGUAAUAAUUUCUGGGCCUGUUGACUUUGGCUUUGGGACAGACUUGUGACAACAGAGUUUGGCAAAGAACAGAGCAAGCAUGUUGGAAUCAACAGAGCUGCUUGUCAGCAAGAAUUUGCAGGAAUAUGCUCCCAUGGGCAAUUAGAUGGAGAAGCUCAUUGUGUAGUAGGUCAAAGUGUGAACUCAGUGUCCAAAAUUCUCAAUAAGGGAGUCGGUGUAGGUGCUUCGUGUGCUCUAGCGGCUUUCCUGAGGAGGGAGGGAUUGGUACGGUCAUUAGGAUGCGUUUGCAGCUCACCCUUCAUUCUGAGUUAAAAACAAGGACAUAAAGCAGAGUAAAGUCGUGCCAGUGAUUCACACACCAAAUAUCCUUUUGCUGGCGAGCUGACUUCAUUUUGGAAACAAAAUAAGUGAUGUUGCAGUUAGUUUGAACUGAAUUCACCUGGAAAGCCAGUGGAGUUUCUAACGUGGUGUGUGUUUGGGAGCUAACACACUUGUGCAGAGAAGUCCUUGAUACUGAGGGUGAGACGCUGGUUAGCAGUGUUACGGGGAGAAAUGCUGGAAUUUUUUAACCUUAUUGGUGUGCUGAAAGUAAGAUCUACUACUUUUUACAUUAAAUGAUGUAUUGCGUUUUUAUUAUCCCCAUGGGUUGGCAAUUUCUUCUGGAUGUUAGAAGAGAUAAAAAGCCAUUUACUUUAUUUUAGAAAAUAACUUUUUCCCUGGUGUGUAGUUUUAUUAAUUGCUUAACCUCUAGACUUUUUCCAUACGGUUACUUGUCACAAAAUUACCAAAAACCUCGAAGUAAUAAUGGGUUACAUAUAGUAAGUAACGAUUUUGACAAGUUUCCUCUUAGUUAAGCCAUUCAUGCUAUUCGCUCCCACCUCCACUGCUGCAGUUCCUCCCCUCGCCGGGGCCAACACGAGUGCUCGUGGCUCUAGGCGCCGAGGUGAUGUGGAUCUGAAACCCCCAGAGCCAGAACGAAAGGCGCUUCUGCAGGCGCCUGUGGCUUGUCUGAGGCAGGGUGUUGAUGUUUGCCACUGCAUCGCUGUAACUAGCUAUAUGGGGAAAGAAAUACUCUUUUCCUGUAUGGUGUGUUUUUCCAGUUGCACAUGAACACAGUCCUGCAUCCACAACUGAGUGCUUAAACUGCCCAGAUAAAGAACUGAUUGGCACAAUUGUACCUCUGGUUGUUACUCGAGACCUUCAAGCUGAACAGUCUGGCCUGGAAGAUUUUCUACUCUGCUGUACAUCAUUUGGGAACCAGAUAUUUAUGGAACCAUAGUUACAUACAACAACAAUGUGUAGGUGAUAUUGUCAGCUUAAUAGGCAAGAGGAGCAGCUAACGGCAUAAAAGCAUUAAUCCAGUUUUUAAGGCGCCUAUUCUGCAUGGUGAUUUUAAAGGGGAAAAUGAAACAUGAGAAAAAACAGCAGUAAAUUGGGGUUUAAGUGCACGUACAGCGGGGCGCCCGGGGCUGUUUACUGCUGACGGGCCCGUGCAAGAGGGCGUCUCGGAACUUCAGAUCACAGCCCAGCUCGCACAGUCCUGUUUGAAGCAAAAUUUGCUUUGAGUGAGUGGCCUUUAAUGACUUAUUACAGGAUCACUUUAAAUACAUAUACAAUACAGCUAAGUGAACUGAUGGAUUUUUUUUAAUGUAUUAUAUGUAUAUUGAAUAUAAGAUAUAAAGAAUAUGUCUUAAGUGAGUGGAUUUAAUCCAUUUCAAGAUAGUUUAUGUACUUUGCCUUGGAUUUUGUUGCUUAAAACCUAAGAGGUAACUUUCUAACUUGAACAUUCCUUCUGAAAUUCAAAUAAAGGGUAGUUUGGUGUGUUAAAAUCUCAUGUAAUAUGCUGCACUUUAGGCUUGGGGAGGCCAUAAACUGCAGGCGCUGUUCUUGCACUCACAGAGCUGUUCAGCGGAGACAACGCGCAGCUGGCUUCGCUGCCCGGGGGAGAACAGUGAACCAGAAGGGCGCCGGUCCUUCGAAACUAUAUAGAAAUCAAACACUGUAUGGUUUAGGCCACUGUUCUCUUCCUGCAAAUGCUUUGAUAUUAAUUCAUCUCAAAAGACGGAAGGUGUCUCAGCUAAGAACCACUUCGUGUGGAGUUUUGUGGCUUCAGUAGGUCAGAUGUGCAAACUGCUUUUCUGAGCAAACGUCCUGUUAGGGCUGGGAUGGAUGAUCAUUAUUGUACAGAAGAAGAACAUUGUUAGUAGGGGUAAGGGACCUUUAUACUGAGCCGGGAGUUGCCUUCUUAUUUCCAGUUCCUUUCUCAUCUUGAUAUUCUGUUGGUGUUGGAAAAGGGUGUUUCUAAGCAAAAUGUCCUGCUAAACAACUCAUGCUUUCUAAAAUGUCAUUCACCACUGUCUAGAUCCUUCCUGCGCUACACAGCACAGAUCUAUUUCUGCCAUUAGAAAACAAAUUAAGGAAACACUCAAUAUUUAGAGAAUUGCCUAGUGGUUUCCUAUAAAUGUACACUGGUGGAAAUUUACUAUAGUGUACUGCUUUGAAAAAGAAAAUAUACUUUUAAAUGUGUGCACACAGAGCUCUGCCUGUAGAUGAAGUGCUGUCUCACAGUAUGAUGCUGGAAUGCUUAUGCAAACGCUCAUUUGCUUUCUGACAUUACAGGGCAAGAUGCGGCAGAGCUGGUGUUUCCCUUCUCGGCGUGGCAUUAGUGCACGUGAGCAAUCACGGGUGCGCGUCCCGCGCCACGAGCCCGUGCGUCUGCAGACAGCCUUUGCUCUCUCAGGGCUGGCUGUGGGGAUGGUGCUGGUUUUGCUGUUAUGGGGUGUUUUAGGGCUGUAAAGACUACACUUUCUUAAACUUUGCCAAAGUUUGGUUUUUUCUCCUUGUCUCCUCCCUUCCCUCUCCUGAUAGGUAUAUCCGCUUUUAAUUUUUGGAAGAAGCAAGCCUGUAUGUACUCUGCUAAUGUAUCGUCUUAUUGUCAGGUUGUUCCUUUAGUUUUAUGGCCUGGUCUCGUGUAUAUUUUCCUUAUCUUCCCUCCCCAAAAUUUCUCAGCAUAAGCAUAUACUGAUGUUCGGUUUCAUUUCAGAAACACUCCUCUGUAUCAAAAAUGGACAGAAACUGUGUAGAUUGGUAUCUAAUAUGGAAGAGCUGGAACGAUGCUAUCCUUCGCUACCCUGCACCAAGACCAUCCUAGAGGUGUGUACUUGGACUAACCCGGUGCUGCAUUUCAAAAUCUCAGUUAGCUUAGGCUUUUUGGAAUUGGUGGUACAAGACUCAGACCAAGCAGAUGGUUAUUUUGUUGUUAAUGAUGAAAUACAUUUAAAAGCUAGAACAUUUUAGAAAGUGGUGGCCUGAGGGGCUUCUAGAAAGUCUACCUUGAAAAGAUUCAGUUUAUUUCCACGAUCUCAAUAUAUUUAUAGUCUGGUUUGCAAAUGUCUUUUUUUCCUUCUUUGUGGAAGAUCUGUAUAAACCUAAUAGUAAAAACAGUUAAAACCCAAA